AACAGGUUCUUCUUCACCGUCAUCUCAUUCAAUUGAGUUGAGUCCCAUUGACUGCUAUCCAUCCACAAGAUGAAGUUUAAAUCAAUCAGUACUAUCCUCCUCCUCACUGCAACAGCCGUGCCCGCAAUCGCAGGCCCAAUCGGAUACGCCAUCUGUCAAACCGGCUGCAACGGCAUCGCUGUUGCAUGCUACUCUGCAGCCGGUUUUACAUUCGGCGUCGCACCGCCUGCAGCCCCUCCCGCUAUUAUAGCUUGCAAUACAGCACUUGGGGCAUGUAUGGCAGCUUGCGCUGUAGUCGCGUUUGGACCCACUCCCUGA